AUGGGUAAACUCAACAUCGCCCACCACAAAUCAUAUCACCCUUACCGGGCCGAUAACAUCGAACGAGUGCGCCGCGACGAAGAAGAAGCUCGCCUCAAGGAGGCUAUCGAGGAUGGGCGGGUAUCACUUGCAGACUCAGAGGCCCGUAUAUCUCUACUUCGCGAACGUGCCAAAGCAGAAUCCAAGCCUUCGAAGCAUAAACAACAGCGAGAGGAAGAGAAACUCCUCCAGGGCGGGAACCCGCUCAUCGCUCCUCUUCGUCUUCUGAACAUGUUCGGCAGGGCAAAGACCAAGGCGGAAAUCGAUAAAGCCAAGGAAAAAGAGCUGGAGCGAGGUGUGCCGUUGAUGCCGGAUGAGAAAGACAGGCGCCCGUGGUACAUGGAUAAAGGCCUAAAGCAUCCAAAAGAUAUGACCGACGAGGAGGUUCAGCUCAAGGAACGCACAGAGCCCGAGACCGAGCGUGAAAAAUGGGGCAAACGAUCGCGGGGUAACAAAACAUCCUCCAAAACGAAUUUGGAUCCAUUAAAAGACAUGAAAUCGCACCUCGCCGCUCGUUCUCGAGCACUUUCCACACGAACUUCUAAUCCCAUGCCGCCACCUGCACCCCCACGUACAUCAAACUCAUCCGGGCCCAAAGACGCUGUCGCCGAGCGUACCACUCGAGAGGCGGCUGAGCGAGCCCGUGCGGAAGCUUUGAUAGCAAAACGACGGGCCGAAAUGGAUGCUACGUCUUCGGUCGGAGGGGAUACUCCGUAUAGCGUGCGUGACGGCGGGUAUAGCGAUGUGUUCAACAAGAAGAGACGCGGGAGGCUCAUCAUGCGUGGGAGCAAAGGAGGGGAAGGCACUCCGAUCGAAGAUGGGAUGAGGAUCGGGACCAUAGGGACAGGCGUGAUCGCUCAGAAAGUAGUCGAUCCGAAUCGCGAGGGUCAUAUAGAGAUGAGUAUGGAGAACGGGAGAAAUACAGGGGCGGGAUUUCGAUAG